CCGCGAUCCAAGGACACCUACGGCGCAGUCCAUGCUUCCGAGUCAUUGACUUGAUCUAUCUGGCCUUUUCAAUUUGCAUGCUGAGGAUCAUUUCCGCCGCAGGCGCAACUCUCUGGUUGACAUUAUCAGCGCGCUGGACUUCACUGUAGUUUUCAUCCAGUCACAACUAGAACUCAUCUAGAAUGGUGAAGCAAAAGUCUCUCACUCCUCAGGAGAUCUACCGAGCACGGAAAGCGCGAGAAGAACGAGAGAAGAACGCGCUACUGCCGCCGGGAUUGUUAAACCACGGUAAUACUUGUUUCAUGAACUCUGUGUUGCAGGGUCUGAUCGCCACGCAACAUCUAUCUCAUCUUGUCCUAUUCCAGGAUAUCCCUCCCGCAGUCCAGCUGUCUGCAUCAAUCCCAGUUGCAUCCCACCGAUCACCUGAGUUGACAAAUGGUCAUGGUCUAGCGGGGCAAUAUGAACGCCCUUGGACUCCGGGAUUACCCAUUGGAGAUCGUUUUGUGACACUCUUGCGGCAGGCGUGGCUCAUGCAAGAUGACCGACAGAGAAAUUACUUGAAGCCCAAAGAGCUUUUAGCAUCCGUUGGGCAGAAAUACGACCAAUAUCUAGACUUUCGCCAGCAAGAUGCGCAUGAAUUCCUAAGGCAUCUCCUUGACGCAAUGCAGAUGGAGGAGGUUGACAUCAUUAAAAAGCGACAGCCUUCUGUCAAGGGCAAAAGGAGAAAACGCUCUCCUGCGAAGGGACACGCGCCGCCGAACACUGACGCUCAUGAUCGUGCGCAUAUGGGACAUUCACCACUCGGGCAGGUUGUCAGCACACCGGACGCUGAGGCAUCUCCCCUAGAAGAAGAGACGUUAGCGCCAUUUGUUGACAUGCUUUUCGGGGGUAAGUUGGCCAGCAUCCUUGUGUGUCAGGCUUGCAAGCACGUUUCCCACACAUACGAAGACUUCAACGACCUCAGCUUAAGCAUCAAGGCUGAGGACUAUGCUCGCGAGCGUAAGCGGGACAAGCUGAAGCAGCUCGCUAAGAAACUGCGCAAUAUAUCCGGAACGGCGCUCAGCGUCAUUCCUGUGCAGCGAUCUUCUUCUGUCCCGGCUACUCCACAUAGAGAUUCGACAUUGGAGAACACAGAAGUCGUUGAUCCGCAUAGACGACGGAGCAUUGACUUGGCGGAUGUCGAGGUGGCAGCUGCGGCGGAUGAGCAUGCGGACCAAGAUACCAACCACGAAACUACCACAGGAACAUACACAUCUCUACCCCAAACCGAAUUACACCUCGAACACCACCCACCGGAAUCUGAUAAUUCGCUUGCUGCAACUUCCGACUUCCAAAUUGACGAGCCUCCAGAAGCCGAAACGCUACAGAAGGGACGGGAACAUAUAGAGAUUAGCGAACCUUCGCUGGGCAAUGGCCGCGAGAAAAAGGAGAAGUCGGAAAGCUGGUCAAAGCUUGGGCGAAGAAUUAGUGUGUCAGUUGGGCUCACCAAGCAAUCCAGGGAGGAUCGACGUCGCUCGAAAGAAGAGAAGAAAGCCAGAAAAGACGCCUCACAUCAGCGUAACGCAAAGGAGGACGAUCUCCACCCUCCGUCUCCGUCUCUCCACACUACAGUACCCACUGUCCAGCCUUUCGACUCUCCUGAUGUUAAUAUCGAGCGAGAGCCGACAUCUCUUAGCGCCGUCAAUGACCUGUUGCAGUCACAACUCGCGGCAGUUAAACGGUCGUGGUCGCCAGUGCAAAGGCCGUCUCCUUCACCCUCAGUCUCCUCCACACCCCGUUUUCCUCUCAUCUCACGACAACCUACUCCCUCCAUAACAAGCAAACGUUCAAAAGUUCCCAGACCCCCGAAAAUGAGUGCUGAUGAAGCAGCUUAUCUUCGCGAUAUCCUAGCCGAUAUCAGUCCAGGAGGCGCUGCAGGUCCAUUUUCUAUCUUCAAGCAGACCAAGGACCAGUCCAGCGCGGGCACUUCUACCACUCAAAACAUGUUUUUGAAGAUCCCUCAGCUUGGCGGUCUGGAAGAGUGUUUGAGAUUAUUUACCUCGGUUGAGGUUCUCGAUGGGGAGAACAUGGUCAAGUGCCAUCGUUGUUGGAAGAUCGCCAAUGGUCUUUAUGAACCUAGGUCGAGCGGACAGAAUCAGGAUUCUGAUUCCUGCACUGACAGCGACGAUGAAAACGAGAGUUCAGAUGAUGAAGACCGGCCCAUCCAGACGCAACACCUCAAUGGGAGCGCACAUCACACAACGAUACUAAAUCAUCUCGAUCGUCCCAGGUCGUCGAUAUCUCCCUCAAGUUCUGCCACUUCCUUUGCCACUUCCUUGUACGAUACCCCUGAUAGCCACGAUACCCCAAGAUCAUUCCCUGGUGACACAACUCUUGAUACCUCUUAUGGUUCACAUAGCACCAAACCUCUACCACCCUCCUUGGAGCUGACGAGCGAUGAUCAUUUACCCUCUACCUUAACACCUCGUCCCGCAACAUAUGGUGGCCUUCCUAUUCCAUUGAUAUCUACCACCGCUCCGGAGUCGCCGAUGUCUAUUAAGACAGCCAGGCCCGUUACGACGGGGUCGCCGGCCGCUUCCAUGUCAUCCCAGGCUUCUUUGCACGCUCCCACACCAAAACGUAACAAGGAGAAACGUCCUGCUAAUACAACGGAGAGCGAAGGCUGUUCCGACGAGGAAAGUGGGGCGUCUGCUAAUUUAUCUGCUUAUUCGGAUGUUUCUUCUACUGCUGUAUCACCGGCAGUAUCGCCAAACGUCUCUCAAGAGAACCUCAUGGUCUCUCCAACACCUCACGCACCACUACAACAGCGUUCAAAGAUUCGCGAUUCCACGGGUGUCCCUCUGUCCAAGAAAGUGAUCAUGCGAGCAGCGUAUAAACGCUAUCUCAUUGCCACGCCCCCGCCGAUUCUUGUCAUUCACAUGAAACGCUUCCAGCAGAUGUCAAAAGUUCCCAUCAUGUCCUUCUCCUCCAAUUUUAAGAAGCUGGAGGAUUACGUUUCAUUCCCAGAAUACCUCGACAUUGCACCUUACUUGGCACCCAGACGGGAACAGUAUUCGGACGCCAAGCCAGGGUAUGUUCGCGGUCGGACCAAACGUCCCGAGCGGUGCAUGUAUAGGCUAUAUGCCGUAGUUGUGCAUAUCGGGAACAUGCUUGGUGGCCACUAUAUCGCGUACACUGCCCUCCCUUCAGCCACGAAGGAAGAUGAAGAGACGUUAUCGGUAACUGAAUCCGACAGCUUAGCUCAUGCAGACCGACCGCACCGCGACUGGGCGUAUAUCAGUGAUACCACAGUGCGGCUAUCUUCUUUGGACGAGGUCUUAAAGAGCAAGGCAUACAUCUGUAUGUACGAGAGGAUAUAAAUUGGACUCGGCAUCUUCCGUUCACUAGUCGUAUUCCCCGCUGUCAGCCUCGCUACCUGGCGAUGAACUACGCUAUAACAUCCCAGCGCAGCGGCAGCAGCAGGUUUUUCGCGUAUCUUUAUCCUUUUUGCUUGUCAGAAGCACAGGAGC